AUGUGCGGGAUCUUCGCCUACCUCAACUACAACGUCUCGCGGGAGCGCCGCUACAUCCUCGAGGUUCUCUUCAACGGCCUCCGCCGCCUCGAGUACCGCGGCUACGACUCCUCCGGGAUCGCGCUCGAUGCCGACGGCGGCCAGGUCCCCUCCCCCGCUUCGCCGUACGCCGGGGCGCCGCCGCUCGUGUUCCGCCAGGAGGGCAAGAUCGAGAACCUCGUGCAAUCCGUCUACUCCGAGGUUGAUGAGAAGGAUGUGAACCUGGAUACUGCGUUCAGUGUGCAUGCUGGGAUUGCCCACACCAGGUGGGCCACGCACGGUGUGCCUGCUCCAAGGAACAGCCACCCCCAAUCGUCCGGCGCCGGUGAUGAGUUCUUGGUGGUCCACAAUGGCAUCAUCACCAACUAUGAGGUCUUGAAAGAGACACUAACUAGGCAUGGGUUCACCUUUGAGUCUGAUACAGACACAGAAGUCAUUCCUAAGCUAGCAAAGUUCGUUUUUGAUAAAUCUCAUGAUGAAGAAGGUGAUGUGACGUUUAGCCAAGUUGUUAUGGAAGUCAUGAGGCAGCUUGAAGGUGCCUACGCACUUAUCUUUAAAAGUCCACACUAUCCCAAUGAAUUGAUUGCAUGCAAACGAGGCAGCCAACUGAUACUUGGUGUCAAUGAAUUGAGUGGUCAACAGAAUGGGAAAUCAUUUCAUGAUGUCAAAACCUUGACAACAAACGGAAAGCCCAAAGAAUUAUUCUUCUCCAGUGAUCUAUGUGCUAUUGUAGAGCAUACGAAGAACUAUUUAGCGCUUGAAGAUAAUGAAAUUUGUCAUAUUAAGGAUGGUAGUGUCUCAAUCCUCAAGUUUGACCCUCACAAAGAGAAGCCAGCAUCUGUGCAACGAGCAUUGUCUGUUCUUGAGAUGGAAGUUGAGCAAAUAAAGAAAGGAAGUUAUGACCACUUCAUGCAAAAAGAAAUCCAUGAACAGCCACAUUCGUUGAAAACAACAAUGAGGGGUAGACUGAAGGAUGGUGGGGUUCUUCUAGGUGGACUGAAGGAAUAUCUCAAAACAAUUAGGCGCUGUAGAAGGGUGGUUUUUAUUGGUUGUGGAACAAGUUACAAUGCUGCCUUAGCUGCAAGACCUUUUGUGGAAGAACUGACUGGUAUUCCUGUGACUAUGGAGGUUGCAAGUGACUUGCUGGACAGACAAGGUCCCAUCUACAGAGAAGACACUGCAGUUUUUGUUAGUCAGUCUGGGGAGACAGCAGAUACCCUCAUGGCUCUUGAUUAUGCACUAGAAAAUGGAGCUCUCUGUGUUGGCAUAACAAAUACUGUUGGAAGCACACUGUCUAGAAAAACACACUGCGGAGUUCAUAUCAAUGCUGGUUGUGAGAUUGGUGUUGCCAGUACAAAGGCAUAUACAAGUCAAAUAGUAGCCAUGGCGAUGAUGGCGUUGGCUAUUGGAUCUGAUCAAAUAUCUACUCAAGCUAGAAGGGAAACUAUCAUCAGUGGACUUACCAACCUUUCAAGCAAUGUUAGCGAAGUUCUCAGACUAGAUGUUGAAAUGAAGGAACUCGCCUCGUCACUGAUUGAUUCAGAGUCGCUGCUCGUGUUUGGAAGAGGCUACAACUAUGCCACCGCACUGGAAGGUGCUCUGAAAGUCAAGGAGGUUGCGCUGAUGCACAGCGAAGGCAUGCUUGCUGGCGAGAUGAAGCAUGGGCCGCUGGCCUUGGUGGACGAGAACCUUCCCAUCAUUGUCAUUGCGACUCGUGAUGCAUGCUUCAGCAAGCAGCAGUCGGUGAUUCAGCAGCUCCUUUCGCGCAAGGGGCGCCUGAUAGUGAUGUGCUCGAGGGGAGACGCCUCCGCUGUAUGCCCUAGUGGAUCCUGCAGAGUCAUUGAAGUUCCACAGGUUGCAGAUUGUCUCCAGCCAGUGAUUAACAUAAUUCCAUUACAGUUGCUCGCAUACCAUCUGACUGUUCUCCGGGGAUUCGAUGUGGACCAACCAAGGAAUCUGGCUAAGAUGCAUAAAAAGGGAUCUGAGACGUGGCACAAAAAGGGAUCUAAGACGUAUAUUAUUGCAAGCACAUUGUCACUUCUACUUGUAUCUUUAUUUAUCCUUGCAUUAUUCCUGGCUCGCAAAUAUGGUUUGCUCUCCAAUAAACCGAAGGAAGAACAAAUGAUCAAGUCCUUUCUGCAAAAGAAUGGAAACCUACGUACAAAAAGAUACACCUAUGCGGAAGUGAAAAGAAUGUCAAUGUCUUUUUCUAUAAAGCUAGGACAAGGUGGUUUUGGUGAUGUAUACAGAGGUAACCUCUCUGACGGCCGCCAGGUAGCAGUCAAGCUGCUAAAGGACUCCAAGGGUGAUGGGGAGGAAUUCAUGAAUGAGGUGGCUAGCAUUAGCAAAACUUCACAUGUCAACGUUGUUAUGCUUUUAGGGUUUUGUUUGGAAGGAUCCAAAAGGGCCCUCAUUUAUGAGUACAUGCCUAAUGGUUCACUUGAAAGGUACGCCUUCAAUAGAAACAUGAACAACCAAAAUUUACUAAACUGGGAGAAAUUAUUUGACAUAGCAGUUGGGAUUGCUAGAGGACUUGAAUAUCUUCAUCGUGGAUGCAAUACCCGCAUUGUGCAUUUUGAUAUCAAACCCCACAAUAUUUUAUUAGAUCAUGAUUUCUGUCCCAAGAUCUCUGAUUUUGGAUUGGCCAAACUAUGCCCAAAUAAAGAGAGUGCCAUCUCCAUUGCCGGUGCAAGAGGAACAAUAGGCUAUAUCGCCCCUGAGGUCUACUCAAAGCAAUUCGGAAUAGUAAGUAGCAAGUCUGAUGUCUAUAGUUAUGGAAUGAUGGUGCUUGAGAUGGUUGGGGCAAGGGACAAGAAUAUCAAUAAUGCAGAUAGUGAAUGUAGCAGUCAAUAUUUCCCUCAAUGGAUUUAUGAACAUUUGGAUGACUAUUGUAUCAGUAUUUCUAAGAUCAAUGGUGAGACCACAGAGUUCAUGAGAAAGAUGAUAAUUGUAGGUUUGUGGUGUAUACAAGUGACACCAACUUAUCGACCAACAAUGACUACAGUCGUCGAGAUGCUAGAACAAAGCACAAGUAAUCUUGAAUUGCCACCAAAAGUGAUCCUGACUUGGUAA